UCAAAAAACUCCUCCACCUUUUUCCCUCCUCCCUCUCUCUCUCUCUCUCUCUCCCCUCCCAAGUUUCUCACUCUACUCUGCCGACCAAAUGAAACCCCAAAUCAACAGCAGAACGUGAACGCUCUCUCAAUCAAACCACACAAACACUCGCAGAAGGGAAAUGCAAGAAAUUUUCGGAUCAGUUCGCCGAUCACUGGUGUUCCGCCCAGCAUCGGACAAUGAAGACUCCCAAGGAGGAACCCUAGUCGACAAGAUCAAUUCCUGCAUUCGGAAAUCCAGAGUCUUCUCCAAGCCCUCUCCGCCGCUUCCAUUGCCGGCAAUGGCGAAGGAAAACGCUCCUCCGAUCCGGUGGCGGAAGGGCGAGUUGAUCGGCUGCGGUGCCUUUGGGCGUGUUUACAUGGGCAUGAAUCUUGAUUCCGGAGAGCUUCUUGCGGUGAAACAGGUUCUGAUUGCGGCAAAUGGCGCUUCAAAGGAGAAAGCACAGGCUCACAUCAAGGAGCUUGAGGAAGAAGUAAAGCUUCUGAAGAAUCUGUCUCAUCCAAACAUUGUUAGAUAUUUAGGUACAGUGAGGGAGGACGAUACCUUGAAUAUUCUGUUGGAAUUUGUCCCUGGUGGAUCCAUAUCAUCACUUUUGGGGAAAUUUGGAUCUUUCCCUGAGGCAGUAAUACAAACAUAUACCAAGCAGUUGCUAUUGGGACUAGAAUAUUUACACAAAAAUGGAAUCAUGCACAGGGACAUUAAGGGAGCAAAUAUCCUUGUUGAUAAUAAAGGAUGCAUCAAACUUGCGGAUUUUGGGGCAUCCAAACAGGUCGUCGAGCUGGCAACCAUUUCUGGUGCUAAGUCUAUGAAGGGUACACCAUACUGGAUGGCUCCUGAAGUUAUUCUCCAGACCGGUCAUAGCUUCUCUGCUGAUAUAUGGAGUGUUGGAUGUACUGUGAUUGAGAUGGCCACUGGAAAGCCUCCUUGGAGCCAACAGUACCAAGAGGUUGCUGCUCUCUUUCAUAUAGGGACAACAAAGUCUCAUCCACCAAUCCCUGAGCACCUAUCCUUUGAGGCGAAAGAUUUUUUGCUAAAAUGUCUGCAAAAGGAACCGCAUUUGAGGUCAGUUGCAUCUGAGUUGCUUCAGCAUCCAUUCGUAACUGGGCAGAAUAUGGAAUCAGAUCCUAUUUUUUGUACUUCUGUCAUGGAAGAUUCAGAACUCCAAUCUCCAUCGUAUUCUCCAAACCUGCACACCUUCGAGAUGUCAACUUGCCCAGAUUCGGAUGAUUUGUGUAAUUUGGGCAGUUUGCAACACUCAACUAUAAAUCCUAACAAGUUGCUGGAAAGUAGAGCCACUUGGGGAAGAAACAGCAAUGAUGAUGAUAUGUGUCAGAUUGAUGACAAAGAUGAUACUAUGGUGGGCGAAGUAAAGCUCAGUUCUUCUUUGAUGCUUGACAACAUCAAGAGCUUUAACCCAAUGUGUGAACCCACUGAUGAUGAGUUGGUGUGCAAGUUUGGUGGAAGUUUACAAACCGAACAAAAUGGAAUGGAUCUGGGUCUGGAUACCAAUCACCAAACUGAUUUUCCUGCGGGUAACUCUGGAACAAUUGGAGAGGGAGAAAAAGAUUUUUCAUUUCCUUGUGGAACAUCACUUGCGGAGGAAGACGAUAUACUUACUGAAUCAAAAAUCACAGCUUUUCUGGAUGAGAAGGCCCUAGAACUUAAAAAGCUGCAAACGCCAUUAUUUGAAGAGUUCUACAACAGCUUGAAUGUAAUUUGCUCUCCAAAUUUUGUGGAUAACUCGCCUGAUGAACCUACCUCAAGGUACUUGAAAUUACCUCCCAAAAGUAGAUCACCCAGUAGGGGAGUAGCUGAUGCUCUUAGUACUGGAAGCCCUGGGAGUAAUGGCAGGCUGGUUUCAAAUAUUGGUAAUGCAAAUGUUCAAACUGCACACGACAUGCCAUCACCUCCAUGCAGUCAGCAAGAGCCAGGCAGUCCAAGUAUGAGCUCCUCUGAGAGAGAGAGGAAGUGGAAAGAAGAGCUUGAUCUAGAGCUUGCGAGAAAGCGAGAGAUGAUGCGCCAAGCAGGUGUAGGAGGGAAAACAUUAUCUCCGAAGGAUCGAGGUUUAAAUCGGCAGAGAGAGCGAACUAGGUUUGCAUCACCAGGCAAAUGACUUAGAAGUCAGUCAUAGCUUCCUGUUGAGAAUUCAUCUUUGGAUUGGAGUUUGGUUCAUAGCAGUAAAUGUCUGUGGUGCUCCGGCUUUUCAAAAUCCAGUUCCACAUGGAAACAGCAGUGCUGCAGCAUCUGAUUCGUCCAAUUCAAUUUCUCUUUGUGCAACCACCUAUAGUGGUAUUGCUUGUAUGUCCUAUCAAAGGCCAAGCUAGUGUAAGCAUGCCUGUAUAUUCUUUUUGGGGCGGGCGAAUUAUUCAUGUUUUCAUGUUUGGUAUCCGGUGAAUAGAAAUUGUAUUAUUGAUUUAGUAAUCUGGAACUUAUGGCACAUGAUAUAUAGAUUGCCACUUUUGAUGUGUG